GCGUGACGUCAGACGCACGCGCGGUUACGAAAAAAGAGUUAUGAAAGUUCUUUCCUGAGUCACACUAGAAUGUCAUUCAUUUCUCUUAUUUCACUGCGGAUGCAUUAGAGAUUCACACCAAAGGCUCGUCGACGACAUUCAGAGGAAUCAUGUUGGGAUCAGUGGUUGUAGGUCUAGGCAUUGCAGGAUGUGUGAGGAUGAGAGAUUUAGUCGCUCCUCUACCGUCCAGCGCUGCAGAGAAGCUCACCAUCAGAGGCUUCGUGUCCAGGAGGACUCUUGAAGACCAGCAGUGUGUGAAGCAGAUCACUAUGACGGAGGCGUUGAGCAGAGCCGACAUCCACGUGGCGUUUAUAUGCACGGAAAACACCAACCAUGAAGAGAGCAUCAGGCAGUUCCUGGAGGCGGGGAAGCACGUGUGUGUCGAGUAUCCCGUGACCCUCAGCUACACGUCUGCAGUGGAUCUGUGGAACCUGGCUCAGCAGAAGGGUCUGGUGCUUCAUGAAGAACAUAUUGAACUGCUUACUCCGGACUAUAAACAACUGAAGAAAGACAUAUGUGGGAAAACACUGGAGAAGGGAACACUGCACUUCACAGGUGGACCCCUGAAGCCUAAUUUUGGGUUCCCGUCGUUCAGUGGCAUUUCCAGACUGACGUGGUUGGUUGAUCUUUUCGGGGAGCUCACGGUUACUGCUACAUCUCUGGUGGAGGAGAAAGAGAACAAAUACAUGAAGAUGACGGCCCACUUACUGACCAAACAAAACAAACCUCUCACUUGGAUUGAAGAGCGAGGCCCGGGACUGGGCAGAGUCAAACGCAUCGACCUCCACUUCACGGACGGCGUUAUCAGCGAGCUGCCAGCCGGGCAGCGGGAGCCAGUGGGGCUGUUCAUGCAGGAUCUGGUGCUGUUCGCCCGCAAGCUGCAGGGGGACGUCUCUGCUGCCGAGCUCCAGGCGGAGAGGAGCCGGAUCUUACACUGUCUGGAGCUGGCGGACCGCAUGCAACAGCUCAGUGAAAGCACUCAGGCCUGAACCUGUCCUGAGUGCAUAGCCACCGUGGGAUAUGCGCUCUGUCUUCUCCCAAAUGUCUCCCAAAUAUGGAAUUGUGGGAUAUAGACUGUGGUGUAGAGACAGACAACUGGAGAGUAGAAU